UCCGAUACAAAACACGAUCCUCUUGGUUUGUUUCUCUCCCUCUCUCCGACCUUUAUCAUCCCUCCUCCUCCUCCUCUCAGUUCCAACUCCAAAACCUAAUUCAUUUGCUUCCCUUCAAUGGCAUCAGCAGCAGCAGAAGCCCCAGAAGCCAAUUACAAGACUGUCGUUUUGAAGGUCUCCAUCCACUGUGAAGGAUGCAAGAAGAAAGUUGCCAGAAUCUUGAGCAAAACUCAAGGUAUUGAGUCAAUGGAUAUUGAUAUCAGGCAAAACAAGGUGACUGUUAAAUCUCUUGCCGAUGGCCAAACACUGAUUCAGAAACUAAAGAAGCACGGCAAGCACGCUGAGCUCUUGCAGGAGGUGAAUCCUAGUGUUCAGGCGCAUGAGGAAGUCAAAGAGAAGCCGCAAAAACCGAAGAAGAUCGCCGUCGUCGAAAGCAGCGACUCUUCUCCCAGUACUGCAGCCAAGAAGAGUCCUGAGGCUGAGAAGAAAGUUGAAGCAGUUGACAAGUCUGUUAGUGAGGCCAAAGAAGCCAAAGAUGAAACCCCCAAAAAAACCGAAAAGGUGGAGAUGAAAGCGGAUGAGAAGAACUCGGAAACAUCGAAACCGCCGGCCACCGAUAAGUCUGAGAAGGCUCCUGAAAGCAGAGAAGUAGAGGCACCAAAGAAGGUUGAUGACAAUAAGGCUAAAAGUGCAGUAGAAUUCAGAGGUGAUCACAUCCCUCAACCGGCUUACAUUAUGAGCUACAACAUGGCCCAACCAAGCAUGAGUCAGUCACACUUUGUUACUCCGGUGGCAGCCGCAUCGUCUCAAGGGCACAUCUACGACGAUCAGUAUCGAUAUUAUUCGCGAUACUACGAUGGCAUGGUUGAGGCUCACCCGGAUCCAACUGCCUACAUGCAUCAGCCAGCAGCUGAUCCAUACAACAUCAUGUUCAGCGACGAGAACCCGAAUGCGAGUUGCAGUCUAAUGUGACCUUUUCGACCAAACCCCCGAACCCGAAAACACUGAGUUGCAAUCUCCUACACUACUUGUACAAGUUGAUGGAAUUGUGUUAGUCAAACAUUAUCUUGAAACUUGAAACAUCGCCUUCAUUGA